GCGGCUCGCGGGCGGCUCUGGCGCGCGGGGCCGCAGUCGCCGCCUCGGUCCGGCAGGUGCGCGCGGGCAGCCCCGCAGGGAGGUGGUGCCUGGGGCCAGGAUGGAGCCUUCCCCGUUCAACAGGAGACAAUGGACCUCACAGUCUCUGAAAAUCACUGCCAGAGAGCUCUCUCUUGUCAACAAGAACAAGUCAUCAGCUCUCAUGGAGAGGUUCUCCAAGUAUCAGAAAGCAGCUGAGGAGGCCACUGCUGAGAAGAGGAGAACUAACGCAGAAGGUCUCCCCCAGCACCUCCGAAGGGGCAACCUCAGCCUGCUGAAGAAGAAGUGGGAGAACCCAGCCCCGGCCGCCGAGCCCCGCAGGGAGCCUCUCCGGAGCGCCGGUACCGAGCUCAGGCACAGGCUCGGUGGCUCCGGGCUCGCAGCGAGCAGCAGCUCAGCCUCUUCCGAGCAGCCCCCGGGGGCUGGCGAAGCACCUAAGGCUCAGGUCUCUCCUGCCAGCACCUCUGGCCAGCCGCAGGCUCCUGCUGCUGACAGCAGAAAGCUCAGGAGCCACUCACCGGACAGUGGGAAGAUGGAAAACUGCCUGAGAGAGGCCAGGGAGGUGGAAAAGAGUGAAGGCAGCGAGAGCUCGGAGCCCUCGGGGAGGAUCGAGAGGUACAACGUGCCGCUGAACAAGCUCAAGAUGAUGUUUGAGAAGGGAGAAGCGGCUCAGAGCAAGCAGGUCCCUAGAGACCAGAGGAAGGCAGCAGUGGGUAGGAGGAUCUCUGAAAACAGCCUCUCCUCAGAGGACUUCGAUGGUGGGCAAGGAGAGAAGAGCCAUGGUACAUCAGGCUGUCUUGUGGACACCAGCCCAGAGAAGGCAGAGAGCAAGAAGAGCCUGGAGCUGCCUCGUUUGACAGAGACGUCGAUAAAGGACAGGCUGGCCAAGUACCAGGCAGCUGUGUCCAAGCAGGGCACCUCCCCAGGCCUCACUGCCAUGAGUGAGAUUCAAGCCAGUGAGGGUGGACUGGAGCAUUACAGAUCUGAGCAGAAGGAGAAUGUGGCACCAAGGCUUGAGGACUGCAUUUCCUGGCAGGAUGGGGAGAAGGGUGCUGCAGGUGACAACACUUUGGCUUCCCACUCUGCUCUUCUGGAGGAUGACAACGCUGGACAAGGCUUGGAGAACGAGGCAGAGGCUCCGAAGGCUGUGGGCAUGAAGCAGCACAGCAGUGGCUCCAAACCAGAUGCAGCUCAGCCAAAAGCAGUGAAGAAAUUCCAGCUGCCCAUGAAGGAAACCUGUGUUGGCUGCCAGAAGACUGUGUACCCCAUGGAGAGGCUCUUUGCCAACCAGCAGGUCUUUCACAUCAGCUGCUUCCGCUGCUCCUACUGCAACAGCAAGCUCAGCCUGGGCACCUACGCGUCCCUGCGGGGCAACAUCUACUGCAAGCCUCACUUCAAUCAGCUCUUCAAAUCUAAAGGCAACUACGACGAAGGCUUCGGGCACAAGCAGCACAAGGAGCUGUGGGCAGGCAAAAGUGAAGGUGAGGAACCCCUGGAGAGAACCAUCCACGGUGGGAAUGCAACAGAAAACCCUCAGAGCCCAGGAGUAGAAGAUGCUCCAAUUGCCAAAGUAGGAGUCCUGGCAGCAAGCAUGGAGGCAAAGGCUUCGGCUGUGCCCGACAGGGAGGAGAGACCAGCAGAGACCAAGAAGCUGCGCAUCGCUUGGCCGCCUCCCUCCGACCAGAGCAUCCAAGGAAGUGCCUUAGAGGAGGGCAUCAAAGUACUCAAACCCAAGUGGCCCCCAGAGGAGGAGAGUUCCAAGGCAGACGUGCUGGAGGAGGUGGACCUGGAUCUGAAGAAGCUGAGGAGAUCUUCCUCGCUGAAGGAGCGCAGCCGACCCUUCACCGUCGCAGCCUCCUUCAGAACCCUGUCUGUGAAAGGCCACAGGGCAGAGAAUUCCUCCUCUCCUCCCAGGGCACAGAGAGACAGGUCGAGGAGGGGUGAGGAGCUGGAGAGAGAGGCUGCAGCAGUCAAAAAGCCAAAGGGAAAGAAGGCUGAGAACAGGAACAUGCAGAGCGACGAAGAAAGAAACGUGGAGGAGGAGGAGGAGGAAGAGGAAUUAUCUGGUACCAAAACAGUGCAGACCUUGGUGGAAAAUGGUCAGGUGAGUGCAGAUGAGGAAGAGCAGGAAAUGGAAAAGGAAGGAUUCCUUGAACCAAGGUCUCCUAAACAUCCCAACCUGGCCAAUGUGACUGCUAAGGAUUCGUCCCCUAACCAGAACCGCAAAUCCCAAGACGUUGGUUUCUGGGAGGGGGAAGAUGUGGAGGAUCUGUCUGUGGAGGAGCAGAUCAAGAGGAAUCGUUACUAUGAGGAGGAGGAGGAGGAGGAUGAAGAAUAAAUUUGCCUUCUAGAAGACUUGCUGCCAGGUGCUGGGCCUUUUCAAUCGAUGUUUUUAGCUUUAACCAGCAGCUCUCCUCCACGAGACCGAUGCUACCUGCACACCCCCACCCAGGGACAUCUCCCCUGCAGACCAUCUCAACUUGAAAUAAGACUCUGGAAGCCUGCAAAGAGUUUGCCCAGGUGCUUUGGGAGCAAGGAGCUGGCACUGGGAUGGCUCCACAGGUAGUGGCUGCCCUCCAGGAGCACGGAGCUGUGCUGUGCUCCUGCUCGCCCUCUCCUCUCGGAGCUCCAGAACGUAUCUCACUCACAGUUUACACCACCCCCUACACUCCGACCUGGUGGUGUGGAACAGGCUCUGGCACACUGCUCUGACCACUACAGAUGCUACUGCAGUGCUUAGGGACCCAUUUCAAAGGGACUUUCUGGCCUGCUUGGUAACUUCAUGCACUUUAAGAGGUGCAAAGGGCACAGCUGGGAUCGCUCUGAACAGCAUCACAGCGCCCACAGUGUGCUCAGCAUCCGACGCCUGCCUGGGUGCAGUGGGAUCCUCCUCAAUCCAGGCUGCCAGCUGAAGGCUUCCUGCUCCUUUCCCUUCCCCCUGUGCAACUGGAACUGUGUGCCCAGUGCCAGCUGAAGGCUUCCUGCUCCUUUCCCUUCCCUCUGUGCAACUGGAACUGUGUGCCCAGUGCCAGCUGAAGGCUUCCUGCUCCUUUCCCUUCCCUCUCUGCAGCUGGAACUGUGUGCCCACAGCCAGCUGAAGGCUUCCUGCUCCUUUCCCUUCCCUCUGUGCAGCUGGAACUGUGUGCCCAGUGCCAGCUGAAGGCUUCCUGCUCCUUUCCCUUCCCUCUGUGCAACUGGAACUGUGUGCCCAGUGCCAGCUGAAGGCUUCCUGCUCCUUUCCCUUCCCUCUGUGCAACUGGAACUGUGUGCCCAGUGCCAGCUGAAGGCUUCCUGCUCCUUUCCCUUCCCUCUGUGCAACUGGAACUGUGUGCCCACAGCUGGAGCAUCCCUAGUGCAGUGCUGUCUCAUCCCACAGAUGAUUGAGGAGCAGGCAACCCUUUUGCAGCAGCCUGCAGGGCAUUACUUGGACAUUUCAGAUGGAUUUGAAGUGGAGGGGUUGGGUUGGGUUGGUUUUUGGUUUUGAUUUGGGUUUUUUUUUAACUUGGGGAGUUCAUUUUAAAGUGCAGAUAAUGUUUUGAAGGCCUUUUGUCAGCUUUGCAAUCCUGCUUCUGCCAAUCUGCCAUAAACCUUCUUGGUUGUGGCUGUGAAAUUAGGGCUGGAAUGGGAUGGGGGGAGGGGAAAAAAAAGGGUCUGGACAAGGAAACUUUUGUGAUUGCUCCCAUUCAAGGGUUUUAAACUUCAUUUCUUUGGCCUGGCAGUGGGGGAGGAUGCCCUUUGCUGUUAGCUUUCUCUGUACUGCAUUCUUAGCUUUAACUCUACUCGAGGUGUAAAAUAUUCUGCUCUUAACACUCCUGCUAACUACACAACCUUCAAAUAAACUUCGGUCAUUUGCAUUCCAA